AUGAUCUUUCAGUCCGUGCUUUCAUUGUUCGUAUCAUUCUUCUGUGCCUCUCUGGCGAGUGCCAGGACUCACACUUUUAACUUCACAACUGGAUGGGUUACUGCGAACCCUGACGGUGUUCAUGAAAGAAAAAUGAUCGGUUUCAAUGGGCAUUGGCCUGUACCUGAUAUUCACGUUAAUAAAGGCGACCGGUUGGAAGUUUAUCUUACAAAUGGGUUUGAGGAUGGCGCAUCAACGUCGCUUCACUUUCACGGGAUGUUCCAUAACAUCAGCGACGGUAACUCAAUCCAAAUGGAUGGGCCUUCUAUGGUCACUCAAUGUCCAAUAUUGCCAGGCCGGACGUACCUUUAUAAUUUCACUGUCGGAGAUCAAGUUGGGACUUAUUGGUAUCACGCGCAUUCUGGGUCCCAGUAUGGUGAUGGUAUGAGAGGUGCAUUCAUAAUUCAUGAUGACGACGAACCUUUUGAGUAUGAUGAGGAAAUGGUAAUCCAGCUCUCCGAGUUAUACUGGAAGCCUUAUUAUACUGUCACUGACGAGUUUUUAACAAGGUAUAAUCCCACUGGUGCCGAACCAAUUCCACAGAAUCUGUUAUUCAACAACACGCUAAAUGCAACUCUAGAUUUUGAGCCUGGUAAAACAUACUUGUUACGUUUCAUUAAUUCAGGACUCUUCGUUUCUCAAUAUGUCGCAUUCGAAUCGCAUAAUUUUACUAUUGUCGAAAUUGAUGGUGUUUACGUUAAGCCAAAUACCACUAAUUUACUCUAUUUGACCACUGGACAAAGGGUAAGUGCUCUCGUGAAAGCGAAGGAGCAGGAUCCUCAUAAAAACUUCGCUUUAAUGCAAAUUAUGGAUGAAGUCAUGUUAGAUGUAAUACCUCCAGAGCUGGUAUUGAACAGAACUCACGAAAUAUCUUAUAAUAAAGAAUAUGGUAAGCCGGAAGAUUUCAUUGUCAAUGAUUUUAAGGAAGCUGCGAAUGAGUUUUUUUUAACAACAUUUGAUGAAGUUGAACUCUAUGACGAUUACGAUGUUCAAAUUACUUUUGAUAUUAGAAUGGAUAAUUUGGGUGACGGUGUGAGCUAUGCAUUUUUCAAUAAUGUCACUUAUGUUCACCCAAAAGUUCCAACAUUGACGACAGUUUUGACUUCUGGUAAAUAUGCCAAUGACUCACGGAUCUAUGGUGACAACAUAAACCCGUACGUCUUUCAGAGGGGUGAGAUUAUUGAAGUAGUGCUAAAUAACUACGAUCCCGGCAAACAUCCAUUCCAUUUACAUGGCCACAACUUUCAAAUAGUGCAACAGUCACCUGGAUUUCGUGAAGAUGGUGAUUACUCACCUGAUCAACAAGAUGAAAUUACAGUUCGAUACAACGAAUCCGCUCCUUUAAUGCCAUUCCCAGAGAAACCGGCCUUGAGGGAUACUGUGCUCUUACAGCCAAACGGGCACGUAGUACUAAGAUUCAAAGCCGAUAAUCCUGGUAUAUGGUUUUUCCAUUGUCACGUAGACUGGCAUCUGACACAAGGUCUUGCAUCAGUCUUUAUUGAGGACCCCUUCGCAUUGCAAAAGGCAAAUAUUUUAUCUGAGAACUACAAAGACAUUUGUUCUGCUGCCGGUAUUCUCAACGUCGGGAAUGCCGCGGGGCAUUCGGAUGACUGGUUCAAUAUGGAUGGCCUACCUAGACAACCGAAUCCUUUACCAACAGGCUUCACUGCUAAAGGUUACAUAGCAUUUGUUCUUUCAACGCUGGUCGCUUUGUGGGGAUUAUAUUCCAUUGCAGAUUACGGAUUAACCGAAGUGAUUCCCGAUGACCAAAAAGUGUAUGAUACACUGAAGAAAGUUUUAGAUGAAAACAAUAUUGCAUAUUAA